AUGACAAUUCCUGAGGACUACGAAGCUUUUUUGGAAGAUCUCACAGAACUUGAUGAUGAACAACAACAACAAAACUCAAAGACAAGCGUCUAUAUCGUCGAUGAAUCUCUAACUCUUUUAAAUUUCCACAUAAAAGGGUUUGAAGAUAUUACAUCCAAAUUUGAAGACCUCUUGUCUCUUGGAUUAGAAUUGGCCAUGGAUAACAACCCCGAUUCUCAAUACCAAUUCAUUGUGGCAUCUAACAACUUGUUGCUCGAGAUUGAUAACCAAAUCUUUAACCUCUACAAUCUCAUCCGCGACAAGUUCCGUAAGAAAUUCCCAGAACUCGAAUCCGUAACUCAAGACCCGAUCGAAUACUCUCAAGUUGUUAAAAAGAUAGGUAACGAAAUAGAUAUCGAUGGCUUGAACUUACCCCUAUCCAUUCUAAUGGUAUUUUCUAUAAUAGCCUCAGCAACUAGUGAUAAACCACUUUCGGAACAAGAUUUAACAAACACAAUACAUGCAUGUGAUUACAUUAUUGCUCUUGAUUCGACGAGGAAUAGAGUGUUGGACUUGUUAGAGACUAAAAUUGGAUUUAUUGCACCGAAUCUUUCAGCCAUUGUUGGUAUCACUGUUGCGGCGAAACUUAUAGUUGUUGUUGGUGGACUUUCAUCACUAGGAUAUACUCCUUGUUGUAAUGUUAAGGUUGUUCGUCUUGAUAAGCCAAAAACGUAUUGA